AUGGUGACCACAAGGAACACGACUACCGAAGAUCCCAUGGAGGCAAUAAGGGUGUUACGGCAGCAGAUGGAGGACAUGAAGCGCUGGCACGAAGAAGAGCUGUUGGCAGUGAGAGAGGAGUGCACGGCCCAAAUCGCUCGGGAGCGGGCGUCGAGGGAGAGGGGCAAGGGGGUAACCGGUCAGGAGCAAGAAGAAGACCAUCGUGCUUCAACCGCCCGAGAAGGCACGGCUGAACACAGUAGUGCUUCAGAUCGAACUUGGAAGAUAGGGGAUACUGAGUUGGAUGGAAGCCAGGAGAGAACCGAGAGAGUGACCAGUACUCUCGUUACCGUGCCCGCGGUGAAGGAGGAGGAAGCUGUCGGCCAGUUGCCGUUUACUCAGGCCAUCAUGGAUGUCCAUAUUUCUGAACACUUUGUGUCGCCCCAACUUAGCAUAUAUGAUGGUACAAUUGAUCCGAACGAUCACAUCCAAGCCUUUUCUACUAGGAUGGCAUUCAAAACCGGUAACAGGGCAAUAUGGUGUCAAGCCUUUUCGUUGUCGUUAGAAGGAGAGGCGCUUGAAUGGUUCAACUCUUUACCGCCGGGCUCCAUCCAAAGUUUCGAAGGAUUGAAAGAGAUGUUCGGCAGACAGUUUGUCGGCAGCCGAGCCGAGGAUCCCACGGUCUUUGAGCUCUCUAACCUCAGGCAAGGUAAAUACGAGACGCUGAAAGCAUUUAUGGACCGAUAUCAAAAGAUGGUCAGACGAGUCAAGGGACUGGAUGUUGAGUUGGCCCUGCAGUAUGUAAUGCCUGCCCUCCGACCAGGACCUUUCAAAGACAGUGUGUGUCGGAAGAGGCCAAAGACGAUGGAGGAGUUGAGAGAGCGGGCGGCGGAUGAAAUGAGAGUGGAGGAAAUGAAGCAGGCCUACAAGAAGGAAAACCAGGAGUUGAAAGAGAAGGCGGAGGGGAAGAGAUCCGACAGCCCCACCCGGAUGAGGGGCUUCAGGCCGAGGAAGGCUCCCGGGGGGCCAAGUUUCAGCAGUAUACCCCACUGA